AUGGCCGUCAAGAAGACGAUGUCGAUCUUUGACAUCCCCGCGACCAAGGCUGCUCGCGAAGACAAACUGUCCGUUGACGGACGCAGAGCUUCGGGACCCUUCCGCCAGAUGUGCGUCGCGGAAGAGGAGCGGAUUGCAGAGGACCUGAACACCUGCAGGGCACUAUCAAGCGACUCCGGGGAGAGACACGUCGAAGUUCCAGGUGUUGGUGUGGGGCUCCUGUUGGCGUUGGCGUUCAUGUUCCCAGCGAGUCAGCAUCGACUGGGAUACUCCGCGGACCCCGCUAUCGAUAACAUCGACGACGUCUAG